CAAUAAAUGUUUGCAUUGUAUGAUUUGAUUUUGGAAGGCUAUGUUUACGUUUCGUUUGAUUUGAAAUUUCGUAUUUUAUUUCUUGUUUAUUUUAAUAAAUAUUAAUGGAUGAGUUACGAGGACCUACUAUCCAAAUAGUUCUGCACAUAAAAGAAGGGGUUGGAUUUGGUUUCCUGAGGGCUCCGUUCAUCGUCAGCGGUUCUCUCAAUGGCUAUAUGCUAGAAACGGAUCCUGUGGUGCCUUGCCAUGCGCCAGUAUUUGACGCUGAGCUUGUUUGGGAGGCCGAUAAACGUCGAUUUCGGAGUCUCAGAGUGCAGAAUGUGCCAAUCAAAGUGGAGGUGUUUUCGGUGGGCACACAAGGCAGGAAGGAUAAAGUGGGCUACUUCCUACUCAGCCUGCUAGGAGCACAGCCAUGUCCAAGUAAUAAAGUUGUUGAUGUGAAGCACGCAUGGCACCGUCUGCUGGGAGUGCGGUCUGAAGGCAAGUGUUGCCAGCCACAACUGAUGAUGAGUCUCACCAUUGAGGACCGUAUCAAUACCAUCACUCCGAGGAAUGAGCUGAGGAUGUUCCAUAGCAAUGAGAUCGCAUACCCCACCAGCAAUCCGUCUGCCAACCAAACUGCGAGAUCUAUGCUGCUCACUCUUAACGAGUACAUAGCGGAAAGCAAGCGUUGUGUGACGUCACCGGAGCUGCAGCCGCAGCUGAACUGUGAAGAGGGGCUCAUCCAGAUCGGCCGCGGUCGUCAGCUAUUCGUAUUGAGCUUCGUCAUCGGCGCGCUCGAAAACUUGGACCUGUUGCUACCUGACUUCAACACAAAUAAAGAGCCGGUGGAUUGUUACGUUACAUAUUCUGUAUUCACACAUGACGUCAUGACGGAUAGAGUGUCGAGCAGCGCGUCCCCGGCGGGCGCCCGCGCCGCCUUCAACCAGCGCACCAUGCUGCGGCUGCGCUGCGACCUGCACGACCUCAGCGCCUACCUCGCGGAGUGCCCGCACCUCGUCACAAGGGUCUGCGCUGGCGACAAGGACGUCGGGAUAUGCAGCAUGGACCUCCGCAAGCUAGUACCGACUGACGACGUAACCCAGUUCACCAGCGGCUUCUGUAACGUGGAGGGGACAUUGACCAUCCACGAGCGAUGCUUCAUACUGCGCUGCGACGAGAAAGUGGAGACCCGCGACCAGCGACGACCGUACGUCGACGUCGAGAUGUCGCUCAAAUACCUCGGGGAACAACAGGAUAAGAAGCCACCUAACUUGACGGCCCGGAGCGCGACACAGCUAGAGAGCGUGCACGCGGGCGUGACACCUGCCCCGCCCGCCCUGGACUGCCGCGGCGGCAGCUGCACCAACCUGGACCCUGACGUCGGGGGCACACGGUACACCAACAUCGGCGUCUGUAAUACUGAUAGAUAUAAAAACGCCUCAGGCGACGCGAUACUCCAGACUAACGAGAUAGCAGACAUGAUAAAGAAGAUGUACGACUCCUUCCAAGAGAGCCAGGAGCAACUGCUAGCGGCGAGGCUGCGCCCCCGCACCAGCGACAUGCAGGUGCAGUGCGACGAUGACGUCACCCAGGGGAAGCAGGAGGACCAGCAUAACUUGGACACUGAACCUAUAAAACUGGAAACCUGUAAAAGCGACAGUUACAUAGCGCAAAGGGAGAAAGACCUGAUAAAGCUGGCGAUACCGUCGAUGGACCGGGACGCUCUCAUGCAGAAGUUUGUCAACGAACUGGAAGACUGGAAGGAACACCAACAAGAACUGUUCAAAGUUCAUCUGAAACGCAAAGAGGAGUAUCACCUGGAGUUGCUAGCGAAGGAGUGGGCCAAGAAGCAAGUGGAGCUGGAGUGUAAGCUGAGCGCCGGCAUCGAGCAGUGUCGCCACCUGGCGGCCGACCUCAGCCGCGCCACCGACGACUUCCGGCUGCGGGGGUUCCGCAACACAGAGCGCGAGAAGAAGCUCCAAGACGCGAAGAAAGCCCUGGAGGCCCACUACACGGACAAGUACCAGCAACUGCGGCUGGCCUCACAAAAAAUGGAGGACGACAUGAACCACCAGCUGGCGCUCAAGGACAUGCGCAUUGAGGAGCUCCAGCUCAAGAUACGACAGAUGGACAAACAGAUGGACGCACUUAAGAAUAAUUUGAAGAACAACGAAAAAGAAAAUGAGAACAAAUAUUCGGGAUUAACCAAGGACCAGACCGCUAGUCUUAUUCAAGAGUUGCGAUGCCUAGAAGAGAAGUUGGAUAGCGCUGUUCAAUCCAAGGCGUUCUUCAAAGAGCAGUGGGGGCGCGCAGUUCGGGAGCUACACCUCAGCAAGCUGACCACCAGGAGGCAGCUGCUCAGCCAGCUGCAGCGCGACCGCCGCCAGCUGGGGGACAUGGGUUUGGACACGAUCCCCGACGAGCGCAGCCUCAACCAGAGCCACGUGGACAUGAAGAAGCUGAAGGAUGACUUCUACGUGGACCUGCUGGCCAACACGCCGGCGCUCGACUCGCACUCCAUCAUCAGUAAUUCAGGUCCAGAUGGAAUGGAGAUGUAUGAAAAUGUAAAAAGCCUCCCAAAGAACCCGCUGAAUGAAAAGUUGAACGAACUGAUAACACAGCGCGACCAGUUGAUCCAAGAGGACUGCCCAGACGAGAACAUGCUCAAACAACUCAAUCAGGAGAUCAGGAGCUUACUGCUCAACUGUGGGACUUGACUGACGCUUAGACAAUGCUAUUUAUUAAAGUAGGGUGUAGAUUUAGUCAAAAGAGAACGGUAAUUUAUCUUCAUACCAAACUCUCAGCUGCAGUUACAAUCCGCAUUGUACUGUUCUCACACACUAUUGUUCUCACUUCACUCACGGUGCUUCCCAUAAGUACGACAGAAAGCGAAGCAGGCGCGGGAUGUAACAAAGUAUGGCACUUCUGAACGUGUUUGAGGAUGAUAUACAGUUUUCUUUUUACUAUGAAAUAGAGAUAGAGUUCUGGGAGUCUAAAAAGGCCAUUUGAUUCAAGGCUAUUGGCAUAUGUUAACAUUGCGCUCUUACUGUUUAGGUGAAUUGCUUCAAUGUGGCUUUUUUAAACCCCCUGUAUAGAUUCCGCAAAUCAUUUUGUGUACCUAAUUUUUGUUUAAAUGAGGAGAAAUCCUUCACAAGUUGAAUAAAAAUUGUGUUGGCAAACAGUAGCAUAUAGCUUGAUAUAUAUAUAAAAACACAUUUCACAUAAAGGCGGACUUGCGUUAUCUAUUCUCUCUAUAACUAUAUGUAGAAUAGAAUUUAUAUGAAGUAGUUAUGAUCACAAUGUAUGAACCAAAUGAGUUGAUUUGUUUCAUUAUUUAUUUGAAGACUUAAAAUGCUUUAGACAGUACCUAUGUCUAGUCUAGAAUACUAGUAUUUCUAUAUUUUGAUGGUGAUAUUAUAAUUAAUUUAUCAUCCCUUAACUUUCUUGUUACAUAGUUUAUUUUUGGACAUAGUGUGACCAAUUUAUUAAUUAAUUUCUGUUUAGAUAGGAAGCAAGUCAUAAAUUAAGAAAUUGUCUAAUUGAUUCAUACAAAGAUGAAAAUAUUAAGGUUCCAAAGACACACAAUGAUGAGAACUAUAAAUAUAAUUUUGCAUCUUUUAAGUAGGGGAUGAAUCAAAUAUGAUAUUUCCCACAGAUAAUAUUAGGAUAUUUCUAAAUAAAAUUGACUAAAAUAUCUACCUAUCUAGUUAGAAUGGAAAUCUAUUGUUGCAUGGUCCCUAGAUGGUACAAUUAUUUAUUAUAUAAUAAAUAUGGCCAAGUACUUUCAUGUUUGGCGAGUUAUCACCUAAUGUGAAAGUAGUGUUCAUGCCAUACUCAAUGUAUUAUGUACCUUGCUAAAGAUGUCCACUGAAAUAUGCACUGUGUAGACAGAAAAGAUUUUGUGCAGUUGGAAUUAAACUUCAUUUUACCAAUCUGCAUAUUUUAUUAGUUAGCAGAUACAAAUUAUUAAUGACUGUUGAAAAAAACUCAAUAAUCAACUUUUGUUAUUUAUUUUACUAUAUAAUAAAUAAAUUUGUUAUAA